AUGGCGACCCUCUGGUCAACAGCCAUGACCAAUCCCGACUCCGUGCCUCUCACAUCCCGCGAAGCAGCCUCCGGCCUUUUGGGCUCGAUAUCUCUCACCUGCUGGAUCUUCCUCCUAGUCCCCCAACUCAUUGAAAACUACCGCAACGGCAACGCCGAAGCCAUCUCCCUACUCUUCCUCUUCGUCUGGUUCCUCGGCGACAUCACCAACCUGAUCGGAGGCGCCUGGGCCGGACUGGUGCCCGUCAUCGUCGCCAUCGCCGUAUACUUCUGCAUCGCGGACGGGGUUCUCAUUGGCCAAUGUCUGUACUACAAGGCGCGGAAUGCGCGACGCUCCUCCAAUGGGAUGAUCUCUCGUCGUCGGUCCUCCGUGGCCGAUGGCCCUGAUCCGACGACGCCGCUUCUGGGUCGGCGGUUUAGCGAUGCGGGACGUCGCGCGGACGCGGAUGCGACUGCGGAGGAUGAUAUGUUGGCGAAGAUCGUGGAGGAGAAUGAUGUUGGACGCAAGGCGUGGGUGAAGAAUUUCAGCAGCGUCUUGGGAAUCUGUGUGAUUGGCAUGGCGGGGUGGACUAUGGCGUGGCGGACGGGCGUGUGGAAGCCUGCGCCGGUUGAGGAGGUUGAUGGCGGGGUGGAUAUGGCUCCUGGGGCGAUGGUCUUGGGGUAUAUCAGUGCGGUUUGUUAUCUUGGGGCACGUCUUCCGCAGAUUUACAAGAAUUAUUGCGAUAAGUCAUGUGAAGGUCUCUCACUACUAUUCUUCAUUCUCUCCCUAUUGGGAAACCUUACCUACGGUGCGGGUAUCAUCUGUCACUCCACGGACAAGAACUAUAUCGUGACCAAUGUGCCGUGGCUGAUUGGCUCGCUGGGCACCAUGGUCGAGGACGUUACUAUUUUCGUGCAGUUUCGCCUGUACGCGGCUCGGGACACGGUGACGCCGGCCGUGUAGCGCGUCGUGCAUUCCUUCCGUGUUAUGUACAUUGUCUUGAAAUUGCUGGUGGUUUAGCGCGUCGUUUUUUGACCUGGGGUUGUACGGUAUGGGUCCGGCAGAUCGGGUGUCUAAGAUAAAAGUUCUUGAUUGCUUGCAUUGCGGGGUGGAUGUUCGGUUGAUAUUGAUAUUGAUAUUGAUAUUGAUAGUGCUUGUUGGUUUGAUGUCGGGGUCUGUUGAUAUGGGGAUUGGUGGCGUGUAUAGUAUAGUAUGAUUUGAUCCUCUACAUACCUACGGUCUCGGAUGGCUUACAAUUACGGGGGAUAGAACGAGUUUGCUCAUGGUCGCAUGACAGACAUUGCAUGAGAGCUGGGCAGCUAAGCUCGAGUACUAGCAACAAGCACAACAACAUCAGACACGGAGCCGAAGACGGCCAAACCGAUCUCGCCCC